AUGUUCAGACCAGCCGCUCGAUCACUAGUGCGGACGGCCAUUCGACCUGGUCUCGUUGCGCCGCGGACAGCCGUGGGAAGACGAUUUGUGAGCACAUCGCCGGUGGACGCACGGAGGAGUUGGAAGAGCACCCUUUUUAGAUGGGGCAUUGCCAUUGCUGGCAUUUACUAUUACAACACCAGUCCCGUUUUCGCCGAGCAACCACAGAAUAAUCUCUUGAACCCGAACCUCGAUGCCGCUGACGAUAUCAUCGAGGAGUCCCCGUUAGAAGCAUUGACUUCGCGCCGUCAGCGACAACCCGAAUCAAACUCCGCUGUCCUUCAUGCGGCUGCCGAUGCCGUAUCCUCAGAGAAUGCCUCGACCUCUGUUGCUGCCCAAGAACAGGAGCCGCUAUCCACAGGCUCCGCUGGAGAACUAGAAGAGGAGGCAGCGAACGAAGGAGCAUUCAACCCGGAGACCGGUGAGAUCAAUUGGGAUUGCCCAUGUCUUGGAGGGAUGGCCCAUGGUCCUUGUGGGCCGGAAUUCCGCGAGGCUUUCUCGUGCUUUGUCUUUUCGACGGAGGAACCCAAAGGCAUGGACUGCAUCGACAAGUUCCAGAACAUGCAACAGUGUUUCCAGAGAUAUCCCGAGGUCUACAAGGGUGAACUGGAAGACGAUGAAGAGCUCGACGCUGGAUUAGAGGCCGAGAAGCAAGAGCUGGUUAAUGAGAUCAAGGAGAGGAAAGCCCAACAGCAGCAGCGGCAGCAGGGACAAGAUACUGCUUCUCAACGUCGGUUACUAGAAGAGCCUGCCUCGGCCUCGUCGAAGCCUGCACAAUCAGACACGAAGGCAUCGGCAUCUCCAAGGGAGAAGACUACGUCGUCGGAGAACAAGCCUGCGAGCACAUCUCAAGAGAUACCAAAGACGACAAGCCAGGACCAGCCCCGACCUGCGUAUCUGGAAAGCUCCAAGAUGCCACAAGAAGAAGCCAAGGUCAAGGUGCAUGACGAUCCGACCAUGUCAGAAGAGCGUGAGCUCAUCCAUGAAGGACAGGCGUCUAUCACCGUCCGGGAACCGAACCCUCCCCCCGUCCGCGACGAGUUUCUGAUUGAUGAAGCAAGUAUCAUUCCUAAAGCGGCGCACGACGCAACGAGCGGUUCCGCGAAGAAGAAGAGGGAGACGGAGAAGUAA